CCCCUUCUCCUCUCUUCUUCUUCCUCCACCGCAGCUGCCCGUCCCCCACGGCGGUGCCGCCGUCCUCCGGUGGCCAAACAUCCUCCAACCAACGCCAAUCUCUUCUUCUCCUCUUCCUCUUCAUGAAUCCACGAACCAAAUCCCUUGAAUCCCUCCCAAACUCUACAAAUAAACCAAAAUCCGAAACCUAGCUCACUUUAUUUUGAAAAUUCGUCGAGUUUUAGACCUCUCCUUCAUAAAAUACUUACAUAGGCGUGUAGAGCUCCACAUGAUCUAUCAUCCUAUGCUGGUUUUUACCCCAAAACUCCAACAGAAACCCGACGCCGUCGUCCACCGUCGCCACUACCGGCUACCACCACCAAGCUGCCACGCCUUCCUCCAGUUUUCCUCCCCGACUCUUAAGCGUUCUUUUCUUUGUGAUACGAUGAUGGCGCUAAGGCUGUGAUUUCAAGGAUGGCCGAACCAUCAUCUAUCAUCAAGAAAAGGGUGCUCAAAGAUGGGAAUCGUCGCCUCGAGCAGUGGCUCGGUUUCAUUUGCUGGAUACUGCUGCUGCUGCUUAAAGUGUGUUGCCGUUGGUUUGCUCGUGAGUUUAUUCUGCUCCUAGUAGAUCUUAUAAAGUAUAUGAACAGAAACAGGCUGGGGAAGUGCAUAAGCAAAGAGAUCAAAGAUUAUGUCAGAUUACAGUGUGAGAGCCGAUAUAAUGAGUCUUCUGUUCUUCAGGAUAUUCCUGCUUCAAUUCGAGCUAAGAUUUCGCAAAAGUUGUAUGAGCCCUACAUCAGAGGAGUCCCACUUUUCAGAGGUUGCUCGCAUGAAUUUAUCAAACAGAUUGCAAUCAAAGUACAUGAAGAAUUUUUCCUUCCAGGGGAAGUGAUUAUGGAACAGGGUAGCAUGGCAGAUCAACUGUAUUUUGUCUGUCAUGGUAAAGUGGAAGAAGUUAGAAAACCAGAAGAAAAUGAAACUGAAGAAUCUCUCCUGGAUCUUCACACUUACAACUCUGUUGGUGAAAUUUCUGUUCUUUGUAACAUCCCAGUCCCUUAUACCGUUCAAGUUUAUGAGUUAUCUAGACUGCUACGAAUUGAUAAACAAGCUCUGGUGGAGAUUCUGGGGAUAUACUUCUCUGGCGGGCGUGUAAUCAUCAAUAAUCUACUUGAGGGAAGAGAGUCAAGCCUUCAAAGCAAGAUAUUGGAUUCAGACAUAACACUGAAUAUUGCGAAACAUGAAUCUGAGCUCACGAUGAGGUUAAACUGUGCAGCUCACGAUGGAGAUUUGUAUCGUCUAAGUCGUAUAAUUGGUGCAGGAGCAGACCCCAGCCGAACUGAUUAUGAUGGAAGAUCACCCCUGCAUCUAGCUGCAUCCAAGGGACAUGGAGAUAUUACCGUUUUCCUUAUCCAAAGAGGAGUGGAGAUUAAUGCUAGAGAUAAGUUUGGCUCCACUGCAUUGCUUGAAGCGGUUAAGAAUGGCCAUGAUCAAGUGGCUUCUUUGCUUAUGGAAGCAGGGGCACUACUAGGUAUAGAUAAUGAUGGGACUUGCCUUUGUGAGGCAGUCGCGAAAAGAGAUCUAGAUUAUUUGAGAAGACUGUUGGACAGCGGCAUCAAUCCUAAUUCCAAAAAUUAUGACUUUCGAACACCACUUCACCUAGCUGCAUCAGAAGGGCUGUUUCCAAUUUCAGUGUUACUGUUAAAAGCUGGGGCUAGUGUCUUUGCAGUGGACAGGUGGGGAAGAACUCCACUUGAUGAAGCUCGAGUAGGUGGAAACAAGAAUCUUAUUAAGCUACUGGAAGAUGCACAUGGUAGUCAACUGUCAGAAUUUUCUACGAGCUUUGGAAAACAAGAUGAAGGGCAGCGGGUUAGAUGUAGAGUGUUCACUUCAGACCCCAGGAGUCUCAAAAACGAGAGAAGAAGAGUAGUUCUAUGGGUACCACAAAGCAUUGAUGAGCUCAUUAACACAGCUAAGGCGCAGUUGAGAGUUUCAUCAGCAAAUUGUGUAGUCUCAGAAGAUGGAGCCAAGAUCCUGGACACAGACAUGAUAUCUGAUGGUCAAAAACUGUUUUUAGUUAGGGAAAUCACACUAAGUCUCUAAGAUAUUACGCAACAGUCAACAUAUAUGUUGUAAUUUCCUGGUGAGCUCUUAGAAGAAGAGAAGAAACUAACAUAGUAAUAAUAUGUAAUAACUGAAUAGAUUAUGCAAUAUUGAAACGUAAUGCUGGAGCUUUCCGGUAUCGCCAAGA